CCGGCAGUUCCUCACAGUCAUACACUUGCAGUCUGCUCUCUCCAGGAGCAGAAAGUUCUGGGAAUCCUCAGCAGACUGAGCUUUCUUUUGUAAAACCGUCUGGAUUGUUUUUUUUUUUUUUGGGCGUGCAGCAGGUGCAGCCUUCCUGAUACUCUUAUCUCAGGCGCUGAUCAGCUGAUUGGUCGGUCCUGAACUUGGUGGCUACCAACGCCUGGAGCAUUUUCUGUUUCUCUUCUUUACUUUACUUUGCUUUUUUUUUUUUUUUUUUUGGUAAAGACUCUUCUCAUGCUUGGUUCACCUUUUCGUCCUUUACCAGCAUCUUCAAUACUGGAGGAGAAAACAAGAAGAAUCGGGAGAAGACGAGAGAUCUUUAUUUGGCAGGAGGAUAAGAUAUGUGACUGUGUUUUUGCUCUCCUGUGAGCAUGCAAAUACCUUCAUCAUGCUGGGAAUAGAUCCAGGGAGACUGACACUUCUUAACCUCUUCGUCUGCCACUGCACUGACGGGUUGUGUGUCACCUAAUGAGCUCCAGCGACGUGAGAUAACAGCACUGGAAAACACGCGUGGUUUUAAAUUACAACUGCCAAUUCGCUGUGAUUGAACAUUAUCUUCUUGAAGUUUGGAAAUCUCUCUCCCCACCCCUUUUUUUUUUUUUUAAAUGGAAAGCCUGCGUAGAGGGGUGGAUGUUUUUUCCAGCUAACUGGAUUGCCUAAUUACUCCCUUGGGUUUUGGAAUCAUGCCCAAAGACGUAAGGCAAAAAGAAACGGAAGAGAUGUGGAAGGAUGGUUUGAAGAAGGAAUUUCAGUUUGUGAAAGGAGGAUGAUGUGAACGGGGUCGAAAGUUGGGAGCUGUCGAGUCGAAGUCGUGAUGUGGAGUCGGACAACAUACUUGGCUUAUGGAUGAAGUUCCUCCUGAAACUAAUUUACUCCUCAAUGUGGAAUCUGAUUGGAAUGUGUGUGGAUUUGGAUUGCUUUCCCUUGAUAUUUGGAGCUACUCUUAAAACAGACAUUCAACCGCUGGAUUAGUGUCUAAGGAGGCUAAUUAUCUUAAACUAUUUCAUCUGACCUCCUCAUAAACUUGCCUCUCCAAGCAAAGAUGAGAGGAGACCGGCGUUCCGCUUCAUUCCACAAGGAAAAGCCAGCAGGGCUGUCGCGGGCUCUCAGUUGGCUCAACAUGUCCCCCCUGUCCCACCAGGGGAGACGCUUCUUCCACAGUCAAAACGAUCUCCAUCUGGUUCCCAACCGCCGCUCGCGCUCACGCACUCAUCUUCACAUGCCGCAAAAAGACGAGGCCGAGGACGAUGACAACUGGGUGUACAGACCUCAGCACAAAAUAGCUGUGUCUAACCUGGACGAGGAGAGCAAAUGGACGGUUCACUACACGGCUCCCUGGCAUCAACAGGAGAAUGUCUUCCUCCCCGGCAGCAGGCCACCCUGUGUAGAAGACCUUCACCGGCAGGCAAAAGUCAACCUUAAGACUGCUUUGCGAGAAUGUGAUAAGUUGAGGAAAGAUGGCUUCCGGAGCUCUCAGUACUACUCUCAGGGUCCCACUUUCUCUGACCCCAAACAGUCCACCAGCAGCCUACAGGAUGACGAGGAUGAUGAAAAUGACAGAAAGUCGACAGCUUCGUCAGCGGAGGAUGACAAAUCUCAGCUCUCCGUGAGAUCCCCGACGCCGCAGGGUGGGAGCGAGGCGGGGGAGGCAUCUGAAGUCGACGGGCAGGUGGUUUGGAACAAGGCUCCGCCCCUCCCGACCCCGGAGGAGAAGAUGAGGCAGGCGGCUCAGGCCGUGCCCACAGAUGUGGUGCCCAUCAACAUUACAGGUGUGUUACAUUGUUUUCUUAUAGCUCAGAAGGGAAACAAGUUCCCUCGCCUGUUUUUUCUUUUUCUCUCUGAGCUGAAUAGAAACUAAUCAGGAACUGUAUCGCAUCACUUAGGCAAAAAUAAAUAAAU